UUCGGCUUCAGAAAAAUUCUCAACAAAGGCCGCGACCGAUCUAAUUUCGGUUUUUCUGGGCAAUACUGCUACACACGUUAGCAAGGCUCAAGAUACACACGAAGUCACAACACAAAAUAGCAGUAUUAAAGCUGGGUGGUCAACGGCUAUCGAAAUUACAAACAGAGAAUCGUCGACGAAAGGGAAUGCAAACUUCAAUUUGAUAGACAGUUUCCUUGGCAAAUUCAUAAUCAUCAGCUCCGCGGUCGUUUUGUUAUUUCUUUCGGCUACGUUACUUAUUUGCGUCUUCAGAAAAUUCCAAAAACAAACAGUGGCAGUUAGUCCGAUGCUAUCUGAAGACGUGAACAGAUCCCGAACAGCCCCGAACGAAUCGUUGUUUGAAGGCGUGACUGCAAUGCAACACUCAUCAGCGGGUCAAAGUGAACGCCUACCAAUGAUGGAUAUAUACCCUUUGGCUGGCAUAUUCCCUUUAUCAAACGGGGACACUAUUGUAGAGCAUACACUGGAGUCCGAGGCUAACCAGGUUGAUGAGAAUCAUUACGAAACAAUCCCAGAUAGCCCGGAUACUGAUGAAAACGUGGACCGGGAAUCCGAAACAUAUGCAAAUGAGACGAUUGGAUAUGAGAAUUUGCUUCCGAAGAGACCUGAUGAGAAAACUCCAUACAGUUCGUUGGCAAACAUCAAGAAAUGAGCGAUCCUCGAACUGCUUACCUGAUGGCAGACUUAAAUCUCAUUACUCACCCAGUUAUGUAUUAGUGUAUAUAUUGAUGUGUCUGUUGCUUGAGCAGAUUUACAUAAUUGAAUAUUUUGUUAUAUUCAGCUAUCGUUAUUUUACAUAUAUCUAUGGCAUUAAUUUUGAAAGACAUACAGUAUUCAAUUGUAACAUAAUAAUGUAUUUGUUUUUGAACACGCGUUCAUAAUGUAUAUUGUGUAUUCCGAUUUUUUUAAUUUUAAAUUGUAUGUAUUGUUAACUAAAAUAUGCAGAGGAAAUAUAUGUUUUUGCUUUCGGGAUAAUACCUUAAAUUACUUAUCUAAAUAAAGUGAGCAACAAUACGCUUGAACGGGUAAAAAUGUGUGAAUUAUCAUUUUUGGAACAUGAUGUAAAUAAACCCAUGCGCACUAAGGCCAACUGUCACACAAAAUGGAAACGCAGAUGUGUUCUUGUAAAGGAGUUGAACAGUGACAUGACAGAGCUAUAUUUCACAUUUAUUUGAAAUGAAAAAUAACAGUUACUUGUCAGGCUAAAGAGAAAGAUAAAGGGAAUUUGUUUCCCAAUUUUUUUCAAAUAUUCCAUCACAAAGCAUUAAACAUGAAUAUAUUUAAAACAUGUUAAACGUAUACUCUCAAUACGUAUCUAAAGCUAAUUCGUUAUCGUAUUGAUGUGUUUGCAAGUUACAUUAUAACUUCUCCGUUCUUUCGGUAGCGCAUUAAGUUGUUUCAUACUUCAAAUACUUCAAAUAAAAAUAUCUAAAACGUU